AUGUCAAAAGUACUAGAGAUAGAAGGGAAUAUUACUCAAAUAGACGUCCCGAUUGUUAAAUUCCCACCUAUUGCAUUAAGAGCACUUCUAGUAGAGAAGGAUCCUGUUGUUUGGGCACACAUUCUAGAGACGUAUGUGGUUUAUUUUGAAUAUUUGAUGCAGCAAGAUAAUAUCACAUAUUUAUCAUCUUCUACAUAUGAUAAUUUGAUUUUAUUCUUAAGAGGUUACUUGAGUGAAAUGGCUGCCGAUAAAGGCAGAAUCUUGAGUCUUGGUGAGAACCAAGAGGUGUCAGCUGCAUUGAAUUAUUUGAGAAUGUGGGUCUUUGCAUUAAUUAAGAGGUGUGGUCCAAUAUACUUUCAACUAAAUGGUGAUUCUCUAUGGGACAUCGUUAAAAUUUAUGGAGAGGAACACGGAGAUGUGGUGAAGGGAUUGAUUGAUGGUACUGUGGAGCCUCAAAUCAACACCCAACGUGCCCAGAUCAACAAGAGCCAUCAAAUCCAACAACAUAUUAGAAGAUUGGUAGAUGAAGCUAAGUUUACAAGAAUAGACUUGAAGGCAUUGGAGUAUUUGCUUUCCCGAGACUCGAAUGGCUCUAAAGAUUUUGCAGAUAGAUUUAUUUCUACUAGUUGGCUGGAAUUUUUGGAAAAAGAAUGGAAUAAAGGUAAAGGCAGACUGAGUCAACUUGCUAAACAAAUGGCUAUUAUAACGCUGUUGUCUUGUAGUUUUGAGAGUAUAGCUCGAGUGUUAAAAGAAUUGGAAAUUAUUAAUCUAGAGAAUUUAUCCAUGUAUCCAUUAAUUGGUUCACUAUUGAUCAAUGAAAAUUUCCAGAAUAGAAUUCCAGGGAUUAAGACGAGACUUCUCUUUCUGAAUAUUGAUUCUGAUGAGAAUGAAGAAGGUACUUCCAUUGAACAUGAUUUAUAUCCUGCUGUGAGUGAAGAAGUUAUAGCAACUUUAAGUGAACUGUUUCCGCACCUCACCAAGUAUCAGUUUGUAAACCUUUUAGCUAGAUACGACAAUAACGUGGAAUUAGUUACUGAUAUUUUAUUCCAAAACCCAUCAAUAGUCGACGAUAUUCCACCUCACCCAGUCGAUGAGAGAAAUAAAGAGAAGAAAACUGCUAAAUCAAAGGGUAAAUCAGAGAACAAUAAAGCAAAACUUCAAAAUGAUUCGAACAUUAUUUAUCCAGUUGCUAGAAAAAGAAACAAAAAGAUCAAUAUAUCCAGCGAUCAUAUACCAGAUGCAGUUAAGAACAAGACACUUUCGAGAGCAUUAGAGUUAUUGUAUGAAGACGACGAAGACGAAGAAGACGAUACCUAUGAAGAUUUAGAAGUUGAACGUUCGGCAAAUCAUGGAAGAGUAGCAAUCGAUAAAGACAACAUAAAGAAGAAUAUAACAGGGAAUGCAGAGACAUCCAAAUACGAUCACAUAGAAGGGUACCUAUGGAAUCUACUCAAGGAAGACAAAUCAUUAUUUGAGAGGAAUAAGAGAGGUUCUAAAAUAAGGAAAAGCAUGAAGAGCGAUACAACUUGGUCUGAUGAACAAAUUGAAGGCUGGGCCCGUAUGAUAGAAAGAUCACCAAAACGGGCAAUGAUCUUAGAAGAAAAAUUCAUGUUCAAGGGAAACAAAAGAUCAGGUAAAGUUUCAUUUAUACAAAACAGACAUGAUAAAUUAGUCAAUGAACAACUAGCGAAAGCAGAAGCACAGGAACAGAAAACUCAACAGAAUGCAUCUAAUAAAACCACCACAGAAAAACAACCAACUAAAUUUAAUUCACCAACAGCCAAAAAAAACAGUAUAAUAGAAACGAAAAGAAUAAAAGCUCGAAUGCCAACCAUAACAGAAAGGCAGGUCACGAUAAGAAAUUAG